GGCCUGCCCUAUUACUGGAACGUGGACACGGACCUGGUGUCGUGGCUGUCCCCGAACGACCCCAACUCCGUCAUCACCAAACCCGCCAAGAGGCUCAAGGGGAACCCAGAGGCCGAGGAGCCCCCGGAGCGGAGCCACGAGAAGGAGGAGCCGCGCGAGCGCCGCUUCCACCGGCGCGAGGAGCACGGGCCCUACCCCAAGGGCAAGAAAGGCGGCCGCAAGGACGAGGAGCUGGACCCCAUGGACCCCAGCGCGUACUCGGACGCGCCCCGGGGCACCUGGUCCACGGGGCUCCCCAAACGCAACGAGGCCAAGACGGGCGCGGACACGACGGCGGCCGGGCCCCUGUUCCAGCAGCGGCCGUACCCGAGCCCCGGGGCCGUGCUGAGAGCCAACGCCGAGGCCUCCCGGGGCAAGGACUGA